CUCCGGCGGACGCAAUUGAGUCAGCUCACCAGUAUCGCAGGGCGUUUCGGCUCUCCUAUUCCAUAAUUCGGCUUUGCACAACCUGAUCUAUCGCCUUCUGUGGUCAAAACUUGCGCUAGAGAUGACUAAGCACUCUCGCAAUAAUACAGCUUCCAGCGUCUUCACAUAUGCUGAAAGAGGGAAGCUUGGUGCAUACUAUGGCACCAAGAAGCAACGUCUUGGCACGGAGUCCAUGAGGGAGUUUGACUCCUGUUCCCUUUGCCUCCAGCGCGCUCGCGAUCCCGUUUCCUGCUCUCGUGGACAUCUCUACUGCAAAGAGUGUGUUUACUCGGAUCUUCUCUCUCAACGGAAGGAAAUCAAACGAUACCAAGCAAAAAUCGAGGCUAUGGCUGCUGAAGAAGAGGAGGAACGAGAAACCGCAAUUUUAAAGGCAAGAGAACGGGUUAUUUCUGAUUUUGAAAAGAACCAGUUAGGGCUUGGCGGGAAGAGGACAGACUUGAAGCCGCCAGAGGGUGUGGGGAAAUCGGAGUCAUCAGUUGAAGCGUUCCGAGGAUCCAAACGAAAAUUUUCCAUUUUUGAUCAAGAGACGGUGGAUAAACUCGCUAAAGAAGCUGAAGCAGCCGCUCUCAGGCAAAUAGAAGCUGAACAGGUGGAAGCACGAAGAGCGAAGUUACCCGACUUUUGGCUCCCAAGUCUGACACCGGAAGCCGCUCCUGGGAGGCUUAAGGACAUCAAAUUACAGUGUCUCUGCCACCAAAGCAAACCUAGCCAUCUCAUGAACAUGAAGUCCCUUAUUCCGGUCAUAUUCUCUUAUGACGUGAAGUCAAGCUCUAACAAGUCCUCGGACGCUCCAGGCCCAGUGUCCCAUGCAUCAUCGAAGAAUCCCGAACACACAAAAGCGAUUUGUCCAUCCUGCAAAAAAGAACUCACCAAUGCGACCAAACUUACCUUGCUUCGCCCGUGCUCGCAUGUCAUCUGCAAGACAUGCUGUGACUCGUUGGUAAAACCAUCUUCUCAAUGCUCAGCGUGCGAUGCCGCUUUGGACGAAUCAAAGAAAGAUAUUAUUGAGAUAGAAGGAGAGGGAACAGGUUUCUCCGGUGGUGGGUUGGCUGAAACCAUCCGAGUGGGUGUGGCUUUCCAGGGGUGACUCGUCACCCCUGUCUUUGCACAACUAUAGAGCCGAGGCAGCCUCCAGUGGUUGUGCAUCUGGUUCAGUUCUGUGCCCCAUCGCUGUUGCAACUUGCCGCAUCAAUUCACGUUGCCAUUCUGUGUUACAUAGAUGGCAUCAGACAGUGAUAAGCUGAUGGUAGUGUCUAAUCGGUCUGAGCCAGC